AUGAGCAGUAGGCUAGACGUGAAAAGAGAGGAGAAGAGUCACAUCAUUGGUCGUCGACCAUGUCCAAAGAAGGCGGGGAAAGUGAGGUCUCUAAGAAAAGCGAGCCUACGGAAUCAGUCAGAUGGACGACUCUACUCCUCCGCGUUCACACAAUCAGACAAGGUCGGGAUCUUCCUCCUUGUGCUUAUUGGCCUGUACUUGUGUGUAGGAGCGAUCUUGAACUACAACGUUCGCGAUGCUGAUCAGCGAGACAUGGUCACCAACAUGAGGAUUUUGCUACCAAUGAGGCUUCAGGCGCACAAAACAUUCCAGAAUGAAUAUGAGCUGGUGAUGAAGGGCACUGGAUUGGGCUGCCCUGAGGCCUGUCUUGUUCAUGUGGUGACGUUCCUUCCUGUUUGUCAGACCUCCAUCACCCUGCAACAAAACGUGCUCGCCGUCACCACUGUCACAAAGAGAAGAGCGAGGUUGAGCGACCCGAGGCUGUUGCCAUACGCAGAUUUCCUGCAUCCUAUGGUGAUGAUGAUUGUACCGCGAAAUCCACCCAUCCAAUGGACUUACUACAAGACCGAGCAGACUAGUAUUCAAUACCCUCCCUUGUCACCUCGUGCCUCUUUGGACCUCUCGCUCUCCUUCAAGAUUCCGCAGCACAAGUACUUGUUUGCCGUCCAGGUGUACAACACGCUGCCGCUUUCCAAGAAGCCGACCUUCCAACAAAUCGUCCGGGUCACCGCGAACACGGACAAGGUCGUGGAUGUGACGGCGACAUUUUCGGCCUCCGCCAGGGCAUACGACGUGCAGAAGCUGCAAGGGGGACAUUUGCGAGUACGAGUGGUGUCUGAGAUCGUGGUGGAGAUCCGAUUCAACGCCAUCGACGUCCCCGCCACUUUCAUCCAGGGAGACAUCGCCGCCCUGGACUACAUCGGGGAGGUCCGGCAAUUCGUGAAAAUCAAGGGGCAGUCAUGUCAGACGCUCUUCAACAACCUCUCUGAGUGCCGAGACACCUUCCGGUUUCCUCAGAUUCAUUCCGUGAACGCCACCAACUGGCAAACGAUCUACGAGGGGGCAGCGCAAGGAGUGCAGGAGGUGCUGUCGCGCACUCGGAACUUUCCCAUCACUGUCUAUGUCCUCAAGUUUCUGCAUGAGAAGAUCCGUCAAGGGGACAGGUUCAACGUGCUGCUGAAGAUGAUGGCGGUGGCGAAGCCUUCUGUCCUAAGCCUCCUUUGCUGCAUCGACCUGGUCGCGUUCUCACCCAACGACCUGGCUGACGACCACCGCGAGUAUCUGGACCAAAUUCGGCAGAGUCUGAAGGGGCACGAGGUAGACCCCAGCCAUGGCUCCCAGUCGGCCCUGCUCAGCCUCCUUCUGCACGGGCUGAAGCACGAGGUCAGAGGUAGCAGGACAGAGAGGGUGACGUUGGACGGUUCGACGCAAGAGGGACGGCGGUCGCUCAGGAUGCUCGAGGGAAUCUGUUCCAAAUUCCAACGAACGUCGGAGGAGGAAGCAGCAUGCUGCAUGACCCACAGCGCCUUCUGCAGCAUGAUCGAGACAUUCGACCUCAAGAGGAGCUUCGGGAGGGACGGGCCUGACCUCCGGUCCACCCCGAUCUUCCAGAGCCUGCGGUCUAUCGCUGAGCAGCUCAGGAGCAAGCAGCUGUACUUGCACAUGACAAGGUUGGUCACAGCUGCUGGAAUGUGGAAGCAGUUCGCCGACGAGGCUCUCCUGAGCGCUUUCCUCGAGGUGCAGGACUGGGACUCGGCGAGAGCUUUCUGCGUGAAGGUGGGGAGCGACGAGAACAGGAGGGACCUGGUGAAGCUGCUGAUGGAAAACAAGGAGUGGAGCCGGGCAGAGGACCUGGCGCAGUUGUGGAAGACGGAGGAGUUCCAGGAGGAGAUCAGGACAGCGCUGAGGUGUGAGAAGAUCGACAAGUUCGUGAGGAAGGCUAAGCUUUCCUUUGCGUACGGGUUCGCCAAGAGCUGUCGCACAUGUCAAGUGCACCUGGUGAACUCGCUUAUCAGCAAUAGAUACUACAAGGAAGCGAUGCAGAUGCGCAGGAGCUACAACCUGGAAGAAGAAGUCGAGGAGAUCCCAGCAGACGUCCUCGAGCGGAUGGCGAAGCUGGAGGACACCAAGUACCUCCAUCUCCCUCCUGAGAUCCCCUUGCAGGAGGUCUGCUUCGUAGACUCAAGGGAGAAGAUGGCGUUCUGUCGAAGCCUCAUCCUCGCUAUGGAGGAGGAGGCGUCCAAGGCUCCUGCCUCCUCCUGGUCCUCGCAGCCUCCCACGCUUGUUGGGUUGGACGUGGAGUGGAAGGCCGUGUUCAAGGCUGGGGAGGUCUCUCGAGCCAGCAUCCUGCAGGUGGCUUUCAGGAGGAACAUCCUGAUCUUUGAUCUGCUGUGGAUGUGCCGUGAGAAGGAGGCGACGAAGGAAGAGGAUGAGCUGAGCAGAGGGGACGGUGGGCUGUACGGGGGAGGGAUCUUGCACGACCUCCUGGUCAACCCCAACAUCAUCAAACUCGGCUUCGACCUCAAGAACGACCUGGAGAAACUGAGAAACUCCUAUCCGCUCUCCUCAUGCUUCCUCUUCGUCUCCUCCUUGCUCGACGUGAGCAAGUGGAGCUUGAAGCUGCUGGGCAGGAGCGGGAACUCGUUGAAGAAAACGGUCCAGGCGUGUCUUGGGAAGGACCUUGACAAGAGGAUGCAGAUCAGCGACUGGGAGGCGAGGCCGUUGAGCGAGGAGCAGGUGCAGUACGCGGCCCUCGACGCUCACUGCCUCCUGUCCGUCUUCGACAGCAUCCCGACGAUGAGGGAGAGGAACAAGAAACUCGAGGACUGGAGAGAGCUCGUCCUCUCCUCUGUCUCCUUGAGGAGCGACAAAGUUGUAACCCCCGCGAACGUCACGGGCUCGCAGGAGGUGAUCAGCUGGUUCGGACUGGAGGAGGAGGGGCAGGAGCAGGUCGACGAUGCUGAAGACCGCCCUCUCCAUGCUCGCUCCCGCGUGCUCGUCGUGCCCGAGGAGGUGCCGUGCGAGAGGAGCGGGGAGGCAGCGGUUGCCUUCAAGACGGAGGAGGAGAACAUCGGUCGGGUCCUGGCGUUCAUAGCGCGCGGAGCUCCGGUGGCUGUGGUGUCAUGCAGGAGGGGCAAAGUCUCUGUGUCGAAACUCGAGGGUCUGCUGAAGGCGAGGAGGAAGGUGCGCCAGGCGACUGCUGCUGAGGUCAUGUCGAGGUUUGGGUUCCUUCCUGCUGGAGUAGCUCCUGGGCCAUUCAAGGAAGAAGGAGUGAAAGUGGUAAUCGACCGCCCACGGGACGAUACCGGAGCAGCAGCAUCAGGAGGAGGAGGAGGAGGUGGUGGUGGUGGGGCAGGGGCAGAGGGAGGAGGAAGAGACGAUCUCGAUCGGAGGUAUCUGUUCCGAGGCGGGAGGCCGCACUUGGGGCUGCAGCUGAGCCUUCGAGAGAUCAAGGAGCGGCACGAGAGGAUCGGGGGGACGGUGAUGAUGGAGGACCUCAGCAAGGACGCGAGCGAGGAGGGAGGGAGGGGGGGGGAGCGUGAAGAGCCUCUCCUUCCUCCCCGCAUCGCAGAGAUGUUGACGAUGCCUUGGGUGGAGGACGAGAUCCCCGGCGGAAAGGAUGCUGCUAGGGCUGCCAUGCUGGCGGCGAAGGCCGCGAAGUUGUGGAUUGACGGGCAGCGGGAGGAGUCUCUGAGCCUGAUGAAGGCUGGUGGGAUUGGGGGGAUCGAGCACCUGGAAAUGCAGGGAGCAGGAGCAGGAGCAGGAGCAGGAGCAGGAGCAGGAGCAGGAGCAGGAGCAGGAGCAGGAGCAGGAGCAAGAGGGAGCUUGGAGAGAAUGGGGUCUCUUGGAGACAGUGAUGGCUUCCCAUGCUCGAGGAUCGGGGACUCAAUGAUUGGAUUCGUCGAAGAAGAGCAAGGAGCAGGAGCAGGAGCAGGAGCAGGAGCAGGAGCAGGAGCAGGAGCAGGAGCAGGAGCAGGAGCAGGAGCAGGAGCAGGAGCAGGAGCAGGAGCAUCAGGGGAGGAGACGGAGCCCGACGAGUCUUCCGGCAGCAGUGAAGCCUCCUCGACCUCUACCAGAGUGAAAUUCCUGGCGGACACGAUGCUCGGGAGGACGGUGAAGUGGCUGAGAUGCAUCGGAGUGGAUACAGCCCUGUAUGAGGGGAACAGGGACGCGCAGACUAUCAUCUCCUUGGCUGCAAGAGAAGGACGCGUCCUCCUCACCCGAGACAGGAAACUCAUCUCGAAGCCUUGCGGAGGACUCUGUUAUUUCGUGCCAUCCAACGAUGCGAAGGCAGGAUUCCAUGAGAUCAUCGAUAGCUUCGGGCUCUCCUUCAGCCCCAAGACCUUCAUGGCCAGGUGCAGCAAGUGCAACACGUCCAACUACAAGCGCCUCACGGAGGAGGAGAUCAAAGAGCUGUUCGAUGAGGGUCAGAUCCCUUCCUCCUGCAAGGUCAAGGUCUCAAAGUACUAUAUGUGCAUGGGUUGCAAGAAGGUCUUCUGGAAGGGUCCCAACGCUCGCGUGCAGAUUGCGUCCGUUCUGCAGAUGAACGAAGAGGAUGUGUACGAUGAGGAUGGCCAGUUUCAGUGGCUAUGUGGACGGUCUGGAGCCAGGCAAAACCUCAGCUGCAAGGGAGCUGGACCAAUGAAGGAAGAAGGGGAGGAGCAGCAUAUGCAGCAGUGA